CUAACGUCAAAAUCAAAUAUGUCACUAACACGCGUUUCGUUGGCGGCUCCUCGAGUCUUGUCAUUUGUAUAUCAGCUGUGUAAGCCGGCUGUAACAGUUAAUACUCGUGCGGCAGUGACUACGGUUUCAAACAAAUUAUCAAGUGUAAAGAUGUACAUCGCUGAAGAGAGAGGGUCACCUUAUUCUCCCGACUACCGGGUCUAUUUCAAAGAUGAAAGCGGCCCUAUCUCUCCGCUACACGAUAUCCCCUUGUGGGCGGACCGCGCCAAGCGCAUCGCGAACAUGGUGGUAGAAGUGCCUCGCUGGUCCAACGCCAAAAUGGAGAUCAGCCUCAGCGAGCCGCUCAACCCUAUCAAGCAGGAUGUGAAGAAAGGCGCAUUGCGCUUCGUAUGCAACGUGUUUCCGCACCAUGGCUACAUCUGGAACUACGGUGCGUUGCCGCAGACGUGGGAGAACCCGCAGCACGUGGACGCAGGCACGCAGGCGCGCGGGGACAACGACCCCAUCGAUGUCAUCGAGAUCGGGGAGCGGGUGGCGGCGCGCGGGGACGUCGUGCCCGUCAAGAUUCUCGGCACUCUGGCGCUCAUCGACGAGGGCGAGACGGACUGGAAGCUGAUCGCGAUUGACACGCGUGAUCCGGCCGCCGACCGCCUGAACGAUGUGGCCGACGUGGAGGCGCUAUUCCCGGGCCUGCUGCGUGCCACAGUGGAGUGGUUCCGUCUUUACAAGGUGCCCGACGGCAAGCCGAUCAACCAGUUCGCCUACGACGGCGAGGCCAAGGACUCUGCCUUCGCUCACAAGGUCGUCGAUGAGGUGCACCAGUUCUGGAAGAACCUCGUGAACGGCGAGGUCGCGGGCGCCUCUGACAUCUGCAAGAUGAACGUGAGCGUGGAGAGCAGCGCGGGGCGCGUGGAGCGCGCGGAGGCGGCGCGCGUCCUCGCCGGCGCGCCCCCCGCCGCGCUGCCGCACGCGCUGCCCGCCACCGUGGACAAGUGGCACUACGUGUCGAACCUGUAACGCCGGCCGCCCGCGGUCGGGUCGGAUGGAGACGUCGCCGUCGUCGCGGUCGUCGCUGGAACAUCUGAUUGUGCAUUUGCUGCUGAUAGUUUUCUUAUGUCAUAAUUAUAUACCUUUAGCCGUGUCAUAGCUAUACUAUGUCACACCGUGUGUAAAACAGACGUUACGAUUUUGUUAUUAACUUAUUUAAGUUGUCGUGUAAGAGUAAAAUAUAGAUAUAUUUUUUAAUGA